AGAAAGACCAAGAAGAAAGAAUUGGAUGCCAUGAGAGCCCAGAGAGCAUCAUCCAAUGUCUUCUCCAUGUUCAAGCAGACACAGAUCCAGGAGUUUAAAGAGGUGUUCACACUUAUCGACCAGGACAGAGAUGGGUUUAUUGACAAAGAAGAUCUGAAGGAUACCUAUGAAUCUCCUGGUAAGCUGAAUGUGAAGAACAAUGAGCUAGAAGACAUGCUCAAAGAGGCUUGUAGUCCCAUCAACUUCACCAUGUUCCUCAACCUGUUUGGAGAGAAGCUGCAUAGAACAGAUCCAGAAGAGAUAAUUCUCAACACCUUCAGAAUGUUCAAUCCUGACACUAAGGGUUAUAUUAAAACCCGGAUACUGUACAGAUACUGUACAGACAUUUGUCCGCAAACCUUUCAGGUUAAACAGAUGUUCCAAUCGUCUACCUUCGACCCAGCAGGAAACCUGGACUACAAAUCCCUCUGUUACACCAUCACACGCGGAGAGGAACAGGAGGAGUAA